CCGUCAUCAUAAGAAAGGUCAUCACUAAAAUUGGAACUCACCGUUCUGUAACAACCAACUGUUUUUGACAUCCAGGUGAAUCAUGCCAUCAGUACCCUCUGCUCAAGAAUCAAACGGCUUGGGCGGUGUCUGCCCGUAUGCAGCCAAAAUGAUGCUAAACGGGGAGGCCAAGACCAACGGAGCCGCCAAACUCAAAGAAGAAGCUAAACUGAAAGUGGAAUCCAUCCUGAACGGGGACGAGGGACACAAGAUCGCCAGGAACGGUUUGGCUUGUGCAAACGGCGAAAACGGCCACCAUGUCGAAAAUGGAGCGCACCACAUGAACGGCGAAGGGGAGCACGUGGAAGACGAAACGGAGGUCAAGAUGGAGCGGAAAUGGAUCCGUCCGGACCUGCCCAGCAGGUGCACCUGGAAACUCGGGGGGCCAAAUGCAGAAUCUCCACACAACCACUUUCAAAGGACAAAAGCCCCUAGUAUUCUGCCCAAUGUCCUGCGGAGAAUUGGAGACACGCCCUUGGUCCGCAUCAACAAGAUCUCCAAAGCUUUCGGGCUCAAGUGUGAGCUAUUGGCCAAAUGUGAGUUCUUUAACGCUGGUGGAAGUGUGAAGGAUAGAAUCAGUCUUCGAAUGGUGGAGGAUGCCGAGAGAGCAGGCAUCCUCAAACCAGGAGACACCAUCAUCGAACCCACGUCGGGAAACACAGGUAUCGGCCUGGCUCUGGCUGCUGCAGUGAAGGGUUACCGCUGCAUCAUUGUGAUGCCCGAAAAAAUGAGCAUGGAGAAGGUGGACGUGCUUCGUGCUCUCGGGGCCGAGAUCGUGCGCACCCCUACCGCCGCGCGCUUCGACUCCCCGGAGUCUCACGUGGGCGUGGCCUGGCGCCUGAAAAACGAGAUCCCUAACGCCCACAUCCUGGACCAAUACCGCAAUCCCAGCAACCCCUUGGCCCACUAUGACACCACUGCAGAGGAGAUCUUGGAGCAGUGCGACGGUAAAGUGGACAUGCUGGUGGCUGGAGCUGGGACAGGAGGAACCAUUACUGGCAUCGCCCGUAAGCUGAAGGAGAAAUGUCCGAACGUAAAGGUUAUCGGAGUGGACCCUGCAGGUUCGAUUCUGGCCGAACCAGAUGACCUCAAUAAGACAGACAAGACCCACUAUGAGGUGGAAGGUAUCGGCUAUGACUUCAUCCCCACCGUUCUGGACAGAUCUGUGAUAGAUGGCUGGUAUAAGUCUCACGAUGACGAAUCUUUCGCCAUGUCACGCAUGCUCAUCAGAGACGAGGGACUUCUCUGCGGAGGCAGUUCAGGAUCAGCCAUGGCUGCAGCAGUUAAGGUUGCUAAGGAGCUGAAGGAGGGUCAGCGCUGUGUGGUCAUUUUACCAGACUCCAUCCGUAACUACAUGUCCAAAUUUCUCAGUGACAAAUGGAUGUGUGAGAAAGGAUUCCUGAGGGAGGAGGAUCUGAUGGUGAACAAACCCUGGUGGUGGAACCUCACUCUGCAGGAGCUACGUCUCUCUGCUCCUUUGACUGUCCUGCCCUCCGUCAAUAUAAAGAGGACCAUUAAGAUCCUGAAGGAGAAAGCUUUUGACCAAGCCCCUGUGGUCGAUGAGUCCGGGCUGAUUUUGGGGAUGGUCACUCUGGGGAACAUGCUCUCCUCUGUACUGGCCGGGAAGGUCAGGCCCUCUGACCCUGUCAGCAAGGUGCUCUACAAGCAAUUUAAACAGGUGCGGCUGACUGAUAACCUGGGGAAACUCUCUCGUAUUCUGGAGACUGACCACUUUGCCCUGGUGGUGCACGAACAGAUCCAAUACAUGGCUGAUGGUUCUCCCACUCUGAAGCAGAUGGUGUUCGGGAUCGUGACGGCCAUCGACCUGUUGAACUACGUGGCGACGCGCGAGAGGAGGGAACGCACCCUCUCUGAGAGCUCCGCCACCGAUGAGCAAUGACGCGUCACGACGUGUCACGCACGGGAACAAACGGAAACGUAUCAUUUAAAAAAGAUCAUUAGCGUUGGGAAAAUAAUUCAUAGUCUUAAAUGCGUAAAUGCGUUUAAAAAAAACCAAACAAACUUUUAUUGCAUUGUACGCAAUAAUUAUGCUCCGUAGGACAAAAAAAAAAGUCAUCUCCUUAGAGCCGUUGCUUAGCGAGCGAUCCAUGGGGUAUUCUUUUCUUUUCAUAUUUUAAAUUCUGACGGUUAAUAAUCCAAAUGAGUUGAAUGCUUUGUUUUGUUUUGUUUUUUUUUCCUGAUGGUUCUUUUGAAUUGUGUGGGGGAAAAAAGAGCGUUUUUGCUCCUAUUGUGAAGCAGAAUCAACUUACGAUUGUCGCUGUUUUACGUCACCGUCAUACGUUCUUUGAGGUGAAUAUCUGAAACCUUUCAAAUGUAUUAGUUGUAUGGGAUUGUUGCAGCUUAUAUAGUUUACACUUAAUCGCUGCAUUUUUCAGCCUUCUUUCAUUUAAAAGUUGACCUGUUAUUUACGUGAGCUUAUACUGCCAUCUAGUGGUAGUCUUUAGUAAACACCAUGGAUUGGGCCGCCAAGGUCCGUGCGUGGUGUUCCGCUCGACCGCAGUCUUUGCGACGUGGGGCAAAGUUUAUAGGUUUUGGCUCGUUCUGUAAGGAGCAAAGGCCGAGAAUAUUUGGGGGAAACCGAACAAAACCCCAACCAGGGAGACUUGAUUUGGCUGAUUUUCUUUCUUGUAUUGAAACAAGACUUUAAAGAUGUAGUUGUAGCUGGGUUUGAAUGUAUUUAAUGAGAAGAUUUUCCCACACUCCUGCCGAGUGGUCUUUUAUUUAGGUUGCUCUGCGUAGGAGGCAGUGUUGAGUUGUCAUCAACUCUUUAAUUCUCAUUAUCUUUUGCUUUUUGACUAUUUAUGAAUCUUUGCUAUGUCUGAAAGAUUAAGAGAAACACCUGUGGAGUUUACCAUGAGUAGGUUGGUGGAGUGUAAAUAGGAUUUUGUGUGAGAUGAUUGGAAAAUGGAUUGAGACUGUCAAUCUUUGUUCCGUCUCUAUGUGUCUUGAUUGUAAACCUGCUCUCUUUUAUUGUUCAUUUUUUUUUUCAGGGUCUGUUGAAUACCAUGUCAAAACAUCCAAAAAUUCAAAUAAAAGCUUUUCU